AAUCAAAAGCGAUUAUUUUUCGCCAAACGCCUAUACCCACUUUUAUUUUUCGCGAACACUCCCUUUAAGUCCAUACUCUUAAAAACUCUCGACCUUUAUGCAACAUUUUGAAGGUCAAAAAGUUUUAGAUAUCCGAACUUUCGUGUUGACAUUUUUAAUCUUGAACGCCUGAUCUUAAUAUCCAAUGUGGGCACUUUCAAUUGAAUGAUUACUGCUGAAUUCCUUAAUUUAAGUUAUCCUCGCACACAAGUCCAUCAGGGGUUUCGGGGAGACAAUAAAUGUAUCCUUAGAUCUGAGUAAGAUGUAGAUCAAUGCUUGUUCCCGAGAUAUACAACACAAAUUCUGACUACAGAUCAUUUUAAGUAUUAAGAUUUAUUUUAUUUAUUAUACGCUGCAGACUCUUAAGUUUCAUUCCUUGUAAGUAACCCUCUAUACUUUAUUUAAGCUAGGACACUACACAGUUUUUGCUAGAGGUUAGAUACAGGUCUCACCCACAAAGAUGAGAUAGUAAAGACGACAUAAAACUCACAUUAUAUGAAAAUCCCAUGGUUAAGUCUUCUGCCUCCAAUAUAGUCUUUUAUUGGCUUAUUUAAUGAUUUGAGAAAGAAAUAAACAAACUUACAUUCAAAAAGAAUUCUGAACAUAAAGAAACAGAUAGUUAAAAAUUCCGUACAGUUGUCUUUGAAGUCUCAACUUUUGUGAGUAACCCUGUAGAUCAAAUUCACACAUUUAAAUCAUUUUAUUGAUUAUAUAUAAUGUUUAUCAAUGUUAUAAUGUUUCCUCAUAUCAAGAGAUAAUCAACAAUAUAGAAAUACUAAAAUUCCAGAAAAAAUGGGAGAACAAAUUGAAGAAAAGAUUGUUGUCAUCAAGGAAGAAAUCUGUAUUGAAGAGAAGACAGUUAAUAAAAUUCCAGAAAAAAUGGGAGAACAAAUUGAAGACAAGAUUGUUGUCAUCAAGGAAGAAAUCCGUAUUGAAGAGAAGACAGUUAAUAUAUAUUUACAGGAAGAAAGUGUAAAGAAGGAAAAUAUAGAGUUAAAAGUGAAGAUGAAAGAAGAAGAAUAUAUUAAAGAGGACAUUCUUCCAUCUUCAACAUCACAAGAUUAUAUUCUUCCAAAUUCGGCUGUAGAAGAUACAGUUUUUGUACAGGUAGAAGACAUGAAGACAGAAAAGGAAGAGAUAAAAAGUGAAAUCGUAGAAGACGAAGAAAACUUUCCUGAAUCAGAAUCAAAUGAAAUAAAUGAGAAUGAACUUGAUUGUAUUCUUAGAUAUCCUUGUAGGGAAUGUGAUUAUGUGGGAACACUAAAACAUCAUUUGAAGAAUCAUAUUGAAAGUAAACACAAAGGAGUGACAUACUCUUGUGACCAGUGCCAAUAUAUUACUAGUACCAAAAGCAGUCUGCAAAAGCAUAUUAGAAGUAAACAUGAAGGAGUAAGAUAUCCCUGUGGUCAAUGUGAAUAUGUUGCAACUAGGGCCGAUAACCUGAACAGGCACAAUGAAUUUAAACAUAAAGGAAAACGAUAUCCUUGUAAACAGUGUGACUUUACUGCUCCUACGGGAAGUAAUCUGAAACAGCAUAUCAGAAGCAAACACGAAGGGGUGAGAUAUCCCUGUGACAAGUGUAAUUAUGCUGCCACUGCAAUAGGUGGUUUGAAUAGACAUAUUAGAAAUAAGCACGAAGGAAUAAAAUAUCCCUGUGACAAGUGUGACUAUGCUGCAGGUGCGAGUAGCAAUCUAAGAGUUCACAAAGAGAGAAAACAUAAAAAGUGAUAUUAUUCAUAAAAUUGAUUUGCAUUGUAUUUUCUUAAAUCGAAACUUGAACAAGUCACUUGAUCUUGAUAUCCAAUACUGGCACUUUUAAAUUUGAGGAUCACUACAUGAUACCUCAAAUUAAGUUAUCCUUGUUGAGUAAAAUCUUCACAUUUAAGAGGCAUUAUUUUAGUCCGUAAAAUGCAUAAUAUGGAGUUUAUUGUUUGAUCCUAAGAUUCACAACUCAAAGUUCUAACUACUGUUCUCCAUAAUUUUUGAACAUUUUCAGAAAUGUAAUUUUUUUAUUCUCAGCAUAAAUAAGUUGGCUACCUGAUAAAUCAAGAUUAAAGAAUUAUUUAAAUUUUUAACUCUAUUUUCUGACAAAUUAGAAUAUG